GCUAUUUCACACCAAGAUGCCACCAGUCAGUGAUUUGAAAGCAGUCAGCUCUAAUAAUGCUUUGCCACUGCCAGACUUACCGAGCGGACCACUCUGUACUUACCGGAAGAAAGCAUCCUUCAGUUGGAAGGAGAUGGCAGUGUUCAUUGAGGAUGAGGAUCUGAUUCAGUUCAAGAGCCGAGUGUUCACAGCUUUUGAACACGAUCCACUUUUUGCUCGUCUCCCUGGAGAAGAAUUAUCCCUUGAGAAAUAUCGAGAGCUAACCUUCCUUCGCUGUAAGAGGCUUUUUGAAUAUGAUUUCCUAAGGCUGGAAGAUAUCCUGGAGAAGCCGUUAAAAAUCAUGCUGCUGAUUACAUGUCUGGGGAUGUAUGACUGGUCACUUGGAGCCAAAUAUUUGCUGAACUCCCAGGUGUUCAGAAGUGCAAUUGAGAGUUCGGGCUCAGAAAGACAUGCAGAAUUUCUUAAACAAAACGAGAACAUGGAGAAUUUUGGAUGUUUUGCUCUGACUGAACUUAGCCAUGGCAGCAAUACCAAGAAUAUGCGUACAGUAGCUAAAUAUGAUCCCUCUACACAGGAAUUUGUCAUUCACUCACCUGAUUUUGAAGCUGCCAAGUUCUGGAUCGGCAACUUGGGAAAGAAUGCCACGCAUGCCGUCGUUUAUGCCCAGUUACAUACCCCAGAUGGCCAGUGCCAUGGACUGCAUUCUUUUGUUGUACAGGUUCGAGAUCCCAAAACCCUGCUUCCCAUGCCGGGGGUGUUGGUGGGUGACAUCGGUAGGAAGCUCGGACAGAAUGGUCUGGAUAACGGGUUUGCCAUGUUCCACAAUGUCAGGAUUCCAAAGGAACUUUGCCGAACUGGAGAUAUCACAGCAGAGGGAACAUACACAAGUGCAUAUAAGGACCUCAAGCAGCGAUUGGGAGCUUCCCUUGGUGCUUUGUCCAGCGGAAGAGUUAUGAUUAUAGCCAUGUCCGUGGUCAAUUUAAAGCUUGCUGUAUCAAUAGCAAUUCGUUUCUCAGCUACUCGGCAUCAAUUUGGACCAACAGAUGAGAAAGAGAUACCCGUUCUUGAAUAUCAAAUGCAGCAAUGGCGGUUGAUUCCUUAUUUAGCAGCUGUCUAUGCCUUAGACUAUUUCUCUAAGUCAUUGUUUAUGAACUUCAUUGAAUUCCACAUCGGGCUUCUAAUGAAAGACAAGAGUCCACGACAGGCUGAACUGGGGCGCGAGAUACAUGCCUUGUCUACUUCGGGCAAGCCGCUGUCCUCCUGGCUGGCUCAACAGGGAGCUUAAUGCCGAGAAGCCUGUGGGGGUCAUGGCUAUUUGGCCAUGAACCGUCUCGGUGAGAUCCGUGACGACAAUGACCCAAACUGCACAUAUGAAGGAGACAAUAAUGUCCUGCUGCAGCAAACCAGCAACUACCUGCUCAGCUGGAUGAAUGCCAGACGCCAAGACAGAGGUCCCAUGACAUCACCAUUGGGUUCUUUAGAUUAUUUGGAAGACUACGACCAGAUUCUUCACCAGAAAUUCACAGUGUCAAAUGUCCAUGACUGCAUGGAUGCUUCAGUACCUCUAACAGCAUACAAGUGGCUGGUUUGUUACUUGCUCCAAGAGAGUUUCCAAAAGCUGAGAGACCAGGAACAAUCUGGUUGUACUGAGUUUGAGGCCAGGAACAACAGCCAGGUAUACUACUGUCGUUCCUUAGCGCUAGCUUUCAUUGAACACACCGUUUUGCAAAGAUACCAUGACUAUGUCCAUGGUGCUAACACGCCAGCUACUCUCCAGCCAGUACUGAAGCGUCUGUGUUCACUGUAUGGGCUCUGGUCUUUAAGUAAGCACAUGGCUGUGCUUUACCAAGGUGGCUUUGCUUCAGGUGAGAAGGCGGGCAGACUUGUGCAAGAUGCCAUUCUAGAGCUUUGUUCAAAGCUGAAGGAUGAAGCUGUUGCCUUGGUGGAUGUUGUUGCUCCUCCUGACUUCAUUCUCAACUCCCCCAUUGGCAGAGCAGAUGGAGAGCUGUAUAAGAACCUGUGGAGCUCCGUCCUCCAGGGCAGCAAAGUGCUGACGAGACCGUCUUGGUGGCCAGAGUUUUGUGCCAAUAAACCUGUUGUGGGUAGACUGAGGUCAAGAAUGUGAAUUUAACAGUAUGCGGGAACAGCCAGGGUGAGGUUGGGAUGAUGUACCAUAUUAUGAGCAAAAGGAAUCAUGUUUUUUAAAUGCUGCAAAUGAUGGGAUUUAUUGUGAAGGAAGUGCUGCAUGGCACAAAGUUCUGAAACGGCACCCAUUGGCCAAGGCCAAGGCCCUGAUCACACCAAGACCCACCCGCACAGGCCAGUGCCUGCCCAGUUCUCACUUGUGUGGUUUCUUCAAGACACGCGGGGAACAAGAUCCUUCUGAAGCCUGACUCUUAAUUCCCUUUCUGGUCAGGAGAGCGAACGUCUGACAUUGAAUGUCUGUUUUCUGAACAGUAACCCAAUAGGAAACUCAAGGUGGGAAAAUAAUUGUAGCAAGUAGAAGGAAAAUUAUGUCCAUGCAAAGCUAACCUGGAUUCUCUGUUGCUAUUAAUUUAAAUCCUUCUGUCAGAGUCACUGCAGUGUCCUGUUAUGGUUACUGAGCAGAAAUGUUUAUGUCAUCUCAGGAUUUGGCACGCAGAGUUCAUAUAAGAUGAGAAGUUUCAGAUUUUGAUUGUCAUGUUUAUGCCUCUCUAAGGCAACUGAUUCUGUAUUCUUUCAUUUAAAGUAUAUUUAAUUGAUGGCAGUGAAAAUGUUGAAUUCUACACAACCUCCCCAGUGUUCUGCAUUGUAUCUGUAUUUUUAGUUUAAGUGAAAGCAGAUGUCUUAACCAGAUGCCUCAAGCAGCUGUUUUCAGAAUGUCAGAGUUUCAUUUCUGUUAAAUGAAAUAAUGUUGUAAUAUGAUACGUUAUAAAAUAAAAUUCUUCCACCUGCUAGAUAUGUUUGGCUCACAGAGUUUAUAUAUUUUGUCUCAUCGUUAGAAAUGGUGGAAUCAAUAUUAACACCGUUAAACAAAAAGGUUGGUUUCAAAUAUUCAUGGAUGGUGCAAUCUUUUGGUUUCCUGUGCAGUCCAGAAAAGGGGCACUGCACGGGGGGAGGGGUGACCCCUCUGCCCCGGCGCCUCUGCCGCUCUGGGCUGUGGCCAGCCCACCUGCCCUGUGAAACUCAAGAAGGCGGCCCUCCAAGCACGCAGACCCGGAUGGAGGAUGAGUCUGGAGGGUAUUUAUGGGACGAAAGGAGGCGGCCUGGGCAGGACCGAGCACCGUCCCGCCCGCUUGGCCACCCGGAGGAAGCCGUGUGCCACGACACAAGCGAGAACCCACUCAGCUGCAUACAGUCAGCUCUGUCGCUCUCCACCCUUCAAGCCAAGCAAGGUGCUUCUAGGCACAAUAUAAUGUUUAUACUCAGACAUCCCUAACAGAAAGUUAUGCUGCCUUUAGCUGAAGGAGAUGAUUCUAAGGGCCAAACUAGACUAGGGCUGGUGUUUGUUAAGAACUGGGUCCAGACCCAGCCAGGUUGAAGGGUCCAGACCCGUGUGACAGCUGCAGGGGGUGACCGUUAAAGAACAAAGGGAAGCCUGUUUGGGCUCGGAGCGCUACCGGGAGGGGAGGGGAGGGGAGGAGGGCUCCUGCCUGGUCUGUCCCUUUUCGCAGACCAGAACAGUGCUGGGAGGGGGGAGUUCUUCCCCUGUUUUUGCUGCUCCACAUUCUCUGCAUGCCAGGCAACAAAAACAGGGUAAUAACCCCCAUCCCCCGGCCCUACUUUGGUACAGGAAAAUGGCUGGGGGGGCCAUUCCUCCCCACAGGGGGGGCAGUCCGGGCCCAAAUGGGGCCUCCGUUGUUUUUUAGCAGCCCUUCAGUGCAGCCGCGGUGUGGCUGUGGGGAAGCAGAGUCAGGCCUGGGGAAACUGUGCCCAACUCGCUAAAAAGUUGCCAUGUUGUCUGGCCUGGUACAGAUGCACGCGGCACUCUGUGGGGUCAGUACCGUUUGAGGACUGGGACGGUAGGACCAGUAU